CCCAGAUCUAGCUUCUUCAUAGUCAUUGUCAUCAUGUCCAUUUUGUCGAAGCUGAUAUCCCUCUUCCUUUGAGCUCGGCUCUGGCUAGGCAAGAAGCGCUUUGGCUACUUAGGAUCCAUCGUGGUCAGGGUCAGCAAGGAUCGAAUCAUCAAAGGUCCCUGUCCCUCAGCAGAACUUGAAGGCUUGAGAUAUGUUGCGAAACACACCUCUAUACCUGUGCCCAAGGUUCAUAGAACUUAUGGAAUUGACGGACGCCUCUACAUCGAGAUGGAAUAUGUCCACGGUGACACGCUGGAAGCGUCAUGGGUGGGCGACGUUUUAUCGACUGAUGAGAAGCAAGCCAUUGUUCGACAGAUAGCUGAUUACAUUGAGCAACUUCGACAGCUCGACCCGCCACAAAAGGGAGUCGUUGCCUCAUCAGAACUUGGACAGUGUUUUGACGUCCGAGUAGGGUACCGCCCCUUUGGCCCUUUCAACAACAUUGAUUCGUUCCAUUCGUUCCUGCGUGGCAAUAUCCCGCUCGAGAACUGUUCCCAAGUCUUCGGCGAAGUUGUCACGCGGUUUCAUACUCGCAAAUACAGAACCUGCUUCUCUCACGCCGACAUUUGCCCUCGCAAUCUCAUCGUGCGCAACCGCAAGAUUGUUGCCGUUAUUGAUUGGCAAUUCGCCGGAUGGUAUCCGGAAUAUUGGGAAUACACAAAGGCGCAUUAUGCAUAUUGCAAUGCGGACUGGUGGGUUAGGUUUGAGGAGGGCGUAACUCGAUACGACGAUGAGUUGGCUGCAGAACGCGCUCUAUGGCGACAAUUAGAUGAACCAGGAAUGCUGUACAGUUAG